UCAGGCUUCCCGGGAUCUGCAGUUCGGUUCUCCAGGUGGAUGGAAUGCUAAAACAUACACGGUCCUGUAACAAAAAACAAAACAGGCUUUUAAAACAACACUCUAUGCCAAACACACACCCAUAGAAAAAAGGCUACAGGCAAUGAACACACCCAUUUGAGUUUUAAUAAUAAGAAAAUACAUUUACAGACGUCCAAAUGAUCGUUUAAAUGUACACAAAAUGUGGGAGAGCGUAAACGCAUGAUGAAGAUAUGUUGUUCACUCACGCUGUUUUUCACAUCACAUAGAGUCCACUCAUUUUUGUGCAACCAGCAACAAAGAAAUAAGUACAUUUAAAACGGAGCGACAUCCCGCAGUGCGGAAGAGGCUUGUGUGUGGCGCCAUCUGUCCACUCAUGACUCCAAUUACAUCAUGAACAGGUUACAUGUUACAGGCGGCGACACAGGUAUCACAAUGUCCCAGACUCAGGACUUUGAGAAUAGAAGAGACGAACAGCAACACACCUACAGCAAUGCUCAAGAUCUGAAUCAUGUUUCCAACUAUGGGAUAUUGUGUCUGAACGGUGUUCGGGUUAAAUGCAACGGUAACAAGAAAGUCUCACCAAAGGGAAACAAAGCAAAGUAUUCUGUAAACGGAUAUGUAAAUCAUGGCUACCGGAGGACUCAUGACAAAGUGGUGGACCAAAGGGAACACGAUCAAGGUCAGGCAGGUUGUGCUGUUGAAACUGUGUGUGCUGAUAAAGUUAGAGUCUUGAAAAACGGGCUUAGAAGUCUACAGAACGCUGCUGGACUGCUUGUGGAAGGCAAAAAACUAAGAAGACGUAGAAAACCCAGAAAUAAAAAAAGUAACCUGAACAACUUGCCGCCACUAGAGGAAGAAGACUGGGAAAAGGAUGUCAGUGAAGUCCCAAACAGGGGAGAGCAUUCUGAAGCCCAGCCUUACGGUCCUGAAGAUAUUGCCCAACAGGUGUUGGAGAGUUUGAGGAUUCAUCAUACAGACAGCGCUGACCUGCCGAUGUCUACCUCCAAUUACGUCCCGUCCGCGUGCCACCCGCGCCCAGUGCCCCGGCUCCGCUCUUGGUCGUCCACUGAAGCGGAUCAGUUUGCAGAUGCCGACUAGCAAGCACUUGCUCUGUAGGUGAACACCACAGAUCUCAAGUGAAUAUAGUUUCCUGUUUUUACGUUCACUAUCAAGGCAGCGUCUUGUUUAGUCAGUGGAAGUAAUUUAAAUCAUCAUUUUAAAGUACGGUGCCUGUCCACCAUUCAUUUUAAUUUAGUUUUAAUAAUUGUAGUUAUAGAAUAACAUCCUUCGUCUGUGUGAUCAUGUGACGGGGAGAAGCUGAUGUAAACACCUGGUUCGAGAGCUGCUCCAUCACUUUCACAACGUUCGUGUUCUUUUAUUAAUAGCAGUAAAUCUUAUUUGUAAUACUAUACUGGUGCCUGUUUUUUUUAUGUCAAGACGAGAGCGGUUAUUCAAUCUGAAUCAGCAGGGAAUUGCAGUUAUUAGUUUCUACCACUAGAUGGAAGAGUUGGGUUGGGCACCGUCUCUGAGCGACCCUCCGGGAGUUGAACGAGUUCAUUCCCAAGGACGUGAAAGACUGUUCAACCUCAUUUAUCCAUAGAGUUCCUCACUGACGGCUCGUGUGCAGGCAGCUGCGCUCUCACAACUCUUUAUCCUUCAGCUCCUGACGUUCUAUCAGUUAUAUAUUCAGAGUUAUGUGCGAAUUGUCGCCGCUACGUGCCUUCUAAUGGACUGGAAACAUGCCCAGAGAGUCUUGUGCAUAAUGAAGCUGGGAUUUGCUUUGGCUCGCUGAGACA